CAUCAGCUCUGGCCCCACGUUCCAGCGCCAGUCCCGGAUCUGGCUCCGGGCCCGAGCAAACGGGCGAGAUCUGCAAACAAGCUCCGACUGGCCCCCGGUGCCUGCCAAGUCCGUGCGCGGCGGCGGGACCGAGCCGCGGGAUGGGGAUGCUCGAGCUGUGGGAUGGGGAUGCUCUGAGUGGAGUCUAAUUGGGCACGCAGGGGUUGCAGUGCUGCCCACCCUGCCCAGAGACGGUUGCCCCUUAGAUGGGCACAGACCCAGCGCCUGCUCCCGGCCAGCUGGGCAGGAAGAGGGCAGAGCCUGGGCAGUGCCUGGCAUGGGUGAUAAGGCUCUGCACCGGACGUCCAGGCAGGAUGGGGCUCUGCCACACCGAGCUCACGGGGCCCCCUGUGUCCCAUGCUGGGUGCUCCAGUGCCACCAGAGCCACUGACAGGGUCCCAUCCCUGCAGACCCCCCUGCCGUCAGCAUGGCAAACCGGGGCCCAUCGUACGGGCUGAGCAGGGAGGUGCAGCAGAAGAUUGACCGGCAGUACGACCCCGAGCUGGAGCAGGUGCUGGUGCGCUGGAUCCUGGCGCAGUGUGGCAACGAUGGCGGCAACGCGGUGGCACAGCCGGCGCCCGGCAGGGACGGCUUCCAGCAGUGGCUGAAGGAUGGCACAGUCCUGUGCCGGCUCAUCAACAGCCUCCACCCACGGGGACAAGCGCCCGUGGCCAAAAUCCAGGCGUCAGCCAUGGCCUUCAAGCAGAUGGAGCAGAUCUCGCAGUUUCUGCAGGCAGCUGAGCGCUACGGCAUCGCAGCCACCGACAUCUUCCAGACCGUGGAUCUCUGGGAAGGGAAGAACAUGGCGUGUGUGCAGAGGACCCUGAUGAACCUGGGCAGCCUGGCUGUGGCCAAGGGUGACGGGCUCUUCGUGGGAGACCCCAACUGGUUCCCUAAGAAAUCACAGGAGAACCGGCGUGUCUUCUCCGAGGACAAGCUGAAGGAGGGGCAGAGCGUCAUCGGGCUGCAGAUGGGCACCAACCGGGGCGCCUCACAGGCUGGCAUGACUGGCUACGGGAUGCCCCGCCAGAUCCUCUGAGCCCCUCCGGACCCUCCAGGCCUCUGCCUGCCAGGGGCCACCCCCAAACUGCCUUAACCCCCACCAUGGACCAGCUGGGUGUCCCCCAGCCCAGGCGGCCGCCCCCCUGCCAGUUUUGUCAGGACCAAAAUAAUUUUUUAUUAUUAUUAUUUGGCUGGGUGGGGGCGGUGCUGCUGCACCCACCCCACCACCCUGCAGUGCCUUGGGGGCUGCUGGAGGCCCCCCACAGUGUGUUGGGGAGCAAACCCUGUGCCCCAAUAAACGGCUUCUCUUCUU